CAGCGAGAUUUGAUGGCCCUCCUCCGAGCUAAACGGACACAAAUGCUGGUAAUGCUGGUCGUGCUGGUCCCAUCCCAGAACCACGCUCCGCUUGGCUUUCUCGGGACUAGCCUGCCAGCUGGCUUUCGCUGUGGCGUCCUUCAACGAGGCUUGUCCGCUGGGCUGGGAGCUGAGGCGGGAAGAUUCAUGUUGGGCGCUGCCAUGCCGCGAAGCCAAGUCUUUGCCAGAAGCAAAUUCAACCCCUCUCGCCCCCUGACGCCAGGCGACCAUCCGGGGGGUUGGCCAGCUGAGGCAGUAGGAGGAUCGUCGCCGCCGAUGUAGAGAUCUCGAACAGAAGCAACGACAUGUCCACCCGUGAUCCCUGCAUCGCUGUCGUUGGUGGGUUUUGAGUCUCU